UUCAUUCUCUACCGCCAGCACCAUCAGGCCCGGGUGGUGCAGCAGAACCCGGGCCUGGCCAACCCUGAGAUCUCCAAAAUCAUUGGGGAGCAGUGGCGCGCCGAGUCCGAAGAGGCGAAGAGCCAGUGGAAGCUGCUCGCCGAGGAGGAGAAGCAGCGCCAUCAGCGCCAACAUCCGGACUACCGGUACCAGCCGCGGCGUGGCAACAAGGUCGGAAGCUUACAUUCCUCUCGGCCCACGUCCACCCCGGGCGAAGACCCGCACCACUGUCCCAAGUGCGGCGGCAGGUACAUCGCCACGCCGAGGACUCCCUCGACGCCGUUCAUGAUGCCCACGGGUUCCAAGAUAGGGAGUACACCGUACGGUUCUCCUCCGGGGGAUCACAAUCUCGGAUCCAAAGGAGACAUGAGCCGGCAGAAUCGCUCCCACCCGGCGGCCCAGUGGGGCGCCGCCACCUCAAAUCCUUACCCUUCCAAUGCGUACGACGUCCAUGAGAGGUAUGAGGCCGCCAUGUCUCCCAACGACGUCAAGCGGCGCCGGUACAACACCACAGGAAGCUACCACAACUUCCACGCCCUACCGUCCCCUCCCACUCCGUUCACCCAGCCCGGCCACCACGCCCAAUACCAUCACGCAACUCCCCAUUCUUACUCGCGACGGCCCUCGCUCAGCAACCCCACCACACCGGCAGCAACCGCUCACCCCUCUCCCUCGUUAUCCGGCCUAUCCGCGAUAAUGCCCCCUCCGCCUCGCCCUAGCCACGCCUCCUCUUCUUCCUCUUCCUCCCCCAACCAACACCGCCACCACCACUACUCCCAUCACCGCCGCCACCAUCCCGACUUUGAUGAAUCCCUUCGCCUCCCACCCCUGCAAACACACCUGCCCGCUUCUCCGGACGAGAACAGCGAACCCGCGACAGCAGCCGCUGCCGCCGCCGCCGCCACGAGGACACAUGCGCGAAGCGUCGAGGCGAAGGUGAUGAGCAUCUCAUUUGUGAGCAAGUUGAGGGUGCUGGAAAGGAUCAGUCCGCCGCUGGGGGCCGUCCCGGGAGCUCCCGGCAGCGGGAUGAGCAGAGGCCCCGUGAUCGCGGUCGAGGGGCCAGAUGCGAGGAUGGUGCGGGCUGUUUCCCGGGUCGUGGAACGCGCGCUGAGGGCUGCGUCGCCGGCGGCGGACGACAAGGGCGGGGGGUGGGAGGUGAGAUGUUGGGAGGACGAGAACGCGUCUCUCCAGCGGCGCGGGUCAGUCAGCGGCGGGCAGGAGAAGGAUGAGGCGCUGAACAACGCCGGGCAGCAGAGUGCCUCGCGCCACGGCAGCCAGGCGAGCGCCAUCUCUAGUCCGUCGGCCAACCUCAACCCAUUCACGGCCUACCUCCGCACCAUUGCCGAUUGGCACGCCAAGUCGGCCGAGAUUGUCCAGUUCGUCACCUCUUCGGCGCCAGCGCCAGCGCCAGCCUCAACUGCGACACGCCAAACCCGCCUUUUGUCCACAACAACCACCAGCGCCAUAAACAAAAACGUCAGCAGGCUACCUAUCGCCCUCCUUCCUUCGGGCUUUUCCCUCACCUUGUCUGAUCGCUUCGCCAGCGCGGUGCUCAUCUCGGACGCCUACGCGCCCGUCGACCAUUGGCAGUGGAUGGCGACGCUUUGGCGGGGAAUAGUCGGGCCCGAUUUGGUGAUCUAUGUCUCGGGAACUAGCACUCUUAGUGGUAGUCGUGGCUCUGGGCUGGGAUUCGCAGAGGCAGAGAGGAUGAUGAUUGAUCAAAAGAUGGAGAGGCGACUGGGGUUCGAGGUCGUUGAGUGGGUAAGGAGCGGCGGAUGGACAACUGCUGGACGGGGAGUGGAUGGGGGAUUUAAUGUGGAAUAUUAG